AUGACUACGAAGCGGUUCAUUGUCAUCGAGGCCACCGGCUCGUGCAACCACGUGGCCGCCCACCGCGCGCACGAACUCUUCUGCCUGGCCACGUACCUGGGCAUGGAUCCAAAGUGGGUCCGCAGCUGGGCAUGGGUCGGCAACCCCCUGCCCCAGGACCUUCUGCGGGAAGGGCCGGCACCGGCCGGCGUCACCCAGGUGGAAGCGGGCAGCUUCCACCCAUCACUGACCGGCGUCAUGCUGAAGGCGGUGGAUGACUACGUUUCCAGCCACCCUGCUAUUGUUGAGGUGGUCGAUCGCGAAAGGGAGGAGGCCGGCGCCACCCAGGAGGCCCUGCGGCGCAAGGUGCUGCAGCCGGAUGGCGCGGCGCCGGUGGACCCCUGCAGCGUCAGGGCGGCCCAACAGCCCCGCGGAGGCAGCACCAGCAGCAACAAUCAGGAGCAGCAGCGGCGGCAGCAGCAGCAGCAGGAGCAUCUGCAGCCGCAGCUGGGGUGCUCGUCCUGCGGCAAGGUCAAGGGCGACGGCGUGCAGCUGCGCUCGUGCACAGGUUGUGGUGGGAUGGCAAAGUACUGCUCGGUGGAGUGCCAGCGGCUGGACUGGCCGGCCCACAAGACAGACUGCAAGGCGGCCCGUGGACGGGUGACUCAGCAGGCGCGCGCAUGA